AUGGACUCGCCACAUCAACAUCCGAGGAGAGUUGAGGACCAAGAUGCAGCAAUCAUAUACGAAAGCGACUCCGAGGCUGGCGUGUAUCAACAGGCACGAUGGCAACACCGAACAGACACUAUAGAGCGGCAAGGAAACAGCAGACCAGAUCUUUUACUCUCCAGAAAGCUGAAGCCAUGGUACACGGCCCGCACAAUCUUGGGCAUCUUUUGUGCCGUGCUCUCGCUUGCACUAUUGGGACUGGGAAUCAAACUGGCCGUCAAGUAUGAGUCGGCACCGCUCAUUCACGUCACUGUGGCCUUUACAGUCUUUACGGCCGGGGCAUCCCUCCUAUGGAGCUUGUUUGAAUUCAUCGCCAUGUGCACCCGCGCCCAGAGAAGGGGCAUCUACCCCGGCGCCCACGUGGGCGUGCACAUGGGUCUCUGCCUCGUGUCUGUUGCGGUGGUGGGCUACGUCGGUAUCUGGGUGUCGCAUGGGCAGGACAGUCGGGUCGAGGCAAGCAGGAACAGGCUGGAAUACUCGCCCUUGUACCACAUGGGGGUGGUGAUAUUGAUUGUUUCAUCUGUGUUGCUACUUGUUCAUUUUGUUAUUUCCAUCCUGGCCUGCCAGGAACUGAGGCGGAAAGAUGACGGGGAUGUGCACAGAACUGUUGUCACGGUUCGAUAUGACGGAGUCGGCCCUACAGGAACGGCGCGACCAAUGGGUUACCGGACGACGCCGGAAACGAUUGGUCUGCCAGCCUACACGACUAGGGACCAUCGGGAUGAGGCAGCAAUGAUUCGAUCUCCACCUAUUGUGAUAGCCAGGGGUGAUUUGGGUGUGGAAAUCAUUGAAACUCCCACUACCACUCGGACAGUCUUGGGGGAGACAGAGAUGGACGGACCAGAGGAGAAAGCACUCAGGUCGUCAAAGCGGUAA